AUGUUCUCCUUGGCACGUCUCGGUGUUGCUGCGCUUCCUCUCCUAUCCUCCCUUUCAGCCCUCGCACAAAAACUGCCCCAGGUGGAUCUCGGCUAUGAGAUUCACCAGGCAAUCAGUUUCAAUGCUACUGGCCAACUGUACAACUUUUCCAACAUCAGAUACGCUCAACCUCCGACAGGUGACCUUCGUUUUGCCGCUCCUGUGCCGCCAACCGGAAGAAAUAAUGUUGUCCAGAAUGGCAGUGUUGGCAGAGUAUGCCCUCAGGGUAUUCCGUACUGGUCUCCGAUUGCAAGCGAGUUUACGGCGUACCUUCUGGCGGGAAAUGCGUCCUCUUUUAACUUCACGGCGGCCAAUGAUCAGCUUCAGAUCACGUUACAGAACGCAAAGCCCACCCCGCCAGAUCCACGAACAUCCGAAGACUGUUUAUUCUUGGAUGUCAUCGUGCCUAAAGCCGUAUUUGACAACAAGACUGGUGCACCCGUAAUUGUCUGGAUAUAUGGAGGAGGAUACACUCUGGGCUCCAAAGGCCAGUGGGGCAAUCCCAGUGGUCUUAUCAAAGCCAGCCAGAAAGAUGGCAGCGAUGGUAUUAUUUAUGUGGCGAUGAAUUAUCGCCUGGGAGCAUUAGGAUGGAUGGCCGGCCCGACCUUCGCAGCCUCUGGCGGAACACCCAAUGCCGGUCUACACGACCAACGACUUGCCAUUGAAUGGGUUGCUAGGUACAUUCACCUCUUCGGCGGGGAUCCGAACCAAAUUACCCUCCUUGGAGAAUCCGCCGGUGGCGGUUCCAUUGUCCACCAGAUCACAGCUUACGGAGGCCAAAAAGGCGUCUCAUUCCAGCGGGCCAUUUCUCAGUCUCCUGGAUUUGACCCUGUUCCCUCUGCCUUCACCCAGGAGAAUAUCACUAACUCGUUCCUGUCGUUGCUGAACGUGACGACACUGGACGAAGCCCGAAAGAAAUCCUCCGAUGAAGUCAUCACGGCCAACUCGAUUCAAGUGGGUUUAUCCGUUUACGGAACAUUUACCUAUGGCCCCAUGGUGGAUGGAGACUUUGUUCCAAACUUGCCAGGCGUUCUCCUAAGUACAGGACAAUUUGCAAAGAACAUUACUGUCAUGGUCGGACACAACACACAAGAAGCACCAGGAUUCACGCCACCCAAUGUCCGGACAAAUGCCGAGGUCGGGGCUUGGUUACGAAUGAUGUUCCCAGGUAUUGUGCAGCCUGUUGUUGAUUAUAUCACCGACACUCUCUAUCCACCGGUUUAUGACGGCAGCCAGCCAUAUCAUUCCGCAUUGGAGCGGACUUUGUUGAUGGUUCAGGAGGCUAUUUUCGCCUGCAGUACCAGUUACCUGCACAAGGCUUUCGGCAACAAUACAUGGUCGUAUGAAUUCCAAGUCCCUCCGGGCCUUCACGGCGCCGAUAUUCAGUAUACAUAUUACAAUGGUCAGGGAACAAAUCUCACUGCCGGAAUGAUCGCACCAGUCGCCGAGCUUCUACAAGGUUACCUUGUUAACUUUGCCAAGAAGGGCAAUCCCAAUGGACCAGGUCUGCCAUUCUUCCCGAUGCAGGGCAAAAAUUCUAGUAUGAAUGCAAUCAAUGCGACUUAUGUGAGGCAAGAACGAGAUGACAUGGCUAAUCAAAGAUGCUACUGGUGGCAAAAGGGACUAUAUGGCUGA